AAGAACAGACUUAGUCAAGGAGCUGGCAGAGCGUCAGGAAGCCCCCAUUGCACCAUGUCUGUGGAGGACUACUCUUUCCAUGGUGGAGGCUCUAAUCCAUUCCAGCACCUCGAGAAGAGUGCAGUGCUGCAGGAGGCCCGGGUGUUUAACGAGACUCCCAUUAAUCCCCGGAAAUGUGCCCACAUCCUUACCAAGAUCCUGUACCUCAUAAACCAGGGGGAGCACCUAGGAACCACCGAAGCGACAGAGUCCUUCUUCGCCAUGACCAAACUCUUUCAGUCCAAUGAUCCCACUCUUCGCCGAAUGUGUUACUUGACCAUCAAGGAGAUGUCCUGCAUCGCUGAGGAUGUCAUCAUCGUCACCAGCAGUUUAACCAAAGAUAUGACUGGGAAGGAUGACAACUACAGAGGCCCAGCUGUGCGGGCCCUUUGCCAGAUCACUGACAGCACCAUGCUACAAGCCAUUGAGCGUUACAUGAAGCAGGCCAUUGUGGACAAGGUGCCCAGCGUCUCCAGCUCUGCGUUGGUGUCCUCCUUGCACCUGCUAAAGGGUAGCUUUGAUGUGGUAAAGCGCUGGGUGAAUGAAGCACAAGAGGCAGCCUCCAGCGACAAUAUCAUGGUCCAGUACCAUGCCCUAGGCCUCCUCUACCACGUGCGCAAGAAUGACCGCUUGGCUGUCAACAAGAUGAUCAGCAAGUUCACCCGGCAUGGCCUCAAGUCUCCCUUCGCUUACUGCAUGAUGAUCCGGGUGGCCAGCAAGCAGUUGGAGGAGGAAGACGGCAGCCGGGACAGCCCCCUGUUUGACUUCAUCGAGAGCUGCCUGCGCAACAAGCACGAGAUGGUGGUGUACGAAGCCGCCUCGGCCAUUGUCAACCUGCCCGGCUGCAGUGCCAAAGAGCUGGCGCCUGCCGUGUCCGUGCUCCAGCUCUUCUGUAGCUCCCCCAAGGCCGCUCUCCGCUACGCUGCUGUCCGCACCCUCAACAAGGUGGCCAUGAAGCAUCCAUCCGCCGUGACGGCCUGCAACCUGGACCUGGAGAACCUGGUGACGGACUCCAACCGCAGCAUCGCAACCCUGGCCAUCACUACUCUGCUCAAGACCGGCAGCGAGAGCAGCAUCGACCGCCUCAUGAAGCAGAUCUCCUCCUUCAUGUCAGAGAUCUCCGAUGAAUUCAAGGUGGUGGUGGUCCAGGCCAUCAGUGCCCUUUGUCAGAAGUAUCCUCGCAAACAUGCUGUCCUCAUGAACUUCCUGUUCACUAUGCUGCGGGAGGAGGGUGGCUUUGAGUACAAACGGGCCAUUGUGGACUGCAUCAUCAGCAUCAUUGAAGAGAACUCUGAGAGCAAGGAAACGGGACUUUCCCACCUCUGUGAGUUCAUCGAGGAUUGUGAAUUCACCGUGCUGGCUACUCGCAUCCUGCACCUGUUGGGCCAGGAGGGACCCAAGACCAACAAUCCUUCCAAGUACAUCCGCUUCAUCUAUAACCGGGUUGUCCUGGAGCACGAGGAGGUCCGCGCAGGUGCUGUAAGUGCUCUGGCCAAGUUUGGAGCCCAGAAUGAGGAAAUGUUGCCCAGCAUCUUGGUGUUGCUGAAGAGAUGUGUAAUGGACGAUGACAAUGAAGUGAGGGACCGAGCCACCUUCUACCUCAGCGUCCUGGAGCAAAAGCAGAAGGCACUCAAUGCAGGCUACAUCCUAAAUGGACUGACUGUGUCCAUCCCCGGCCUGGAGAGGGCAUUACAGCAGUACACGCUGGAGCCGUCGGAGAAACCCUUCGACCUGAAGUCUGUUCCUCUGGCUACUACACCCAUUGCGGAGCAGAGGACAGAGAGCACACCCAUCACAACGGUCAAACAGCCUGAGAAAGUGGCAGCCACACGGCAGGAGAUCUUUCAGGAGCAACUGGCAGCAGUGCCUGAGUUCCGGAGGCUGGGUCCACUCUUCAAGUCUUCAUCGGAGCCGGUGGCCCUGACCGAAUCAGAGACGGAGUACGUGAUCCGCUGCACUAAGCACACUUUCACGGGCCAUCUGGUCUUCCAGUUUGAUUGCACUAACACCCUCAAUGACCAAAUCCUGGAGAAUGUCACAGUGCAGAUGGAACCCACCGAGGCCUAUGAGGUCCUGUGUUACGUUCCUGCUAAGAGCCUGGCCUACAACCAGCCUGGGACCUGCUACACGUUAGUGGCGCUGCCCGAGGAGGACCCCACUGCCGUGGCCUGCACUUUCAGCUGCAUGAUGAAAUUCACAGUCAAGGACUGCGACCCCAACACCGGGGAGACAGAUGACGAGGGCUAUGAAGACGAAUAUGUGCUGGAAGACCUUGAGGUGACAGUGGCAGAUCAUAUCCAGAGGGUCUUGAAACCAAACUUUGGAGCCGCUUGGGACGAGGUGGGCGAUGAGUUUGAAAAGGAAGAGACCUUCACCUUAUCAACCAUCAAAACGCUGGAAGAGGCUGUAGGUAACAUCGUGAAGUUUUUGGGGAUGCAGCCAUGCGAGAGAUCAGAUAAAGUGCCUGAGAACAAGAAUGCUCACACACUGUUCCUGGCUGGAGUAUUCCGGGGUGGUCACGACAUCCUUGUGCGCUCCCGACUGGUUUUGACUGACACGGUGACAAUGCAGGUGACCGCCAGGAGCAGUGAGGAGCUGCCGGUUGACAUCAUCCUGGCUUCUGUGGGCUAAGGAGCCUUCCCAUCUGGUCCCCUCCCCUGUCCACUGACACUACAGCUGUGGUGGGGAGCUGAACGUGGAAAUUCACUCCCUGGAUUACGGACACCGAUUGGGAAAUCAUCCCCUUCCUUGGCCACUUCUUUCUUUACUGAAUUUAGAAAUGUCUAGCUUAUUUUUGUUUUGUCUAUUUUUUAAUUAGGAUUAUUUCUAAGGCCCGAAAAGAGCUGGUUUGUCAGUUGUGUUCAAACCUGCUGAGGUGGCCCUCGGAUGAAUAAAGUUACUGUACAUCCUG